AUCUUCUCUCCGCCAAAGGCUCAAGCAAGCCAGCGCAACAAGCCACUCCAAGUCCUUGCACUUGGCCUGUCAAGGACUGGAACGGAGUCCCUCAAAAGGGCCCUGGAAAUCCUUGAUUAUGACCACGUCUAUCAUGGCUUUGAUUUUCUCAAACAUCCGGAUCAAGUUCUUCAAUGGGUGCCUCUGCUAGAACAGAAAAUCGCCGGGAGAAAAGAUUUCUCCGCCGGGGAUUUCGAUGGAAUUAUCGGUCACUGCGAGGCGGUCUCGGAUCUGCCAUGCAGUGCACUCUCCUCAGAGCUUCUAAGUGCGUACCCCGAUGCCUUGAUCAUUACAAAUCAUCGGAAAAACGUGGAUGACUGGUAUGCGAGCUACUAUCAAACCGUCGACCCUUUGGUAACGAAUUGGUGGUACUCCUUCCUCUGCCAUUUCGAAUUUGAAGCCUACUGGGCAAGACGACUCGUUUGCAGAGUGCAGGAUAUCCAUUAUCAUGGCGAUUUCAAGCACCGAGGAAAAGAAGGAUAUGAAAACCACUAUGCCAACCUCAGGGCGGAAGCGAAGGACAGAUGUCUUGAAUGGACGGUCGAGGACGGAUGGGAGCCGUUGUGUUCGUUUCUUGGGAAAGCUGUCCCAGAGGUCGACUUCCCGCGAGGGAAU